AUGAGUGCAACAACAUCCGAAAAUCCUGAUCUUUUUACAUCUGUAUACAAACAUUUUCGUCGUCUUUCUGAUACUGAAUGUUAUACUGAAGCAUAUUCAAUAGUGAAUCAUCCAACAGUUUUUCAACAGUGUCCGAUAACAAUUUCAAUAGAUUUAGAUCCAUCUUUAGGAUUACAACCGAUUUCAAAUUGGUCUCUUUAUUCAUGUAAAUUUUGUGAUGGUCUUUAUUUUCUUUCUAAUCCAUUUACAUCUACUGGACAACGUCAAUGGAUUGAUCGAUGUAUAAAUAUUUAUGCUAGACAAACUAAAACUAGUGUUGGUGAUAAUAGUAAUAAUGAAAAUUUAUCUCGUAUACGUUGGGCUACACUUGGUUAUCAUUAUGAUUGGACAAAUAAAAUAUAUAAACAAGAUGAUCAUACAAAAAUGCCUGAUGAACUUGCACAAUUAUGUAAAAUAAUUAUGCAAGUUAUAUCUUCUAGUACAGGUUGUUCAAUGAUGAAUGCUGAAGCAGCUAUUGUUAAUUAUUAUCAUAUGAAUUCAACAUUAUGUGCACAUACAGAUCAUUCAGAAUAUGAUGCAUUAACUAAACCUCUUAUAUCAUUAUCAUUUGGUAAUGCAGCUGUAUUUCUUAUUGGUGGUCAAACAAAAACAGAAUGUAAACCAUCACCAAUACUACUACGUUCGGGUGAUAUUAUACUUAUGACAGGAUCAAGUCGUCUUUGUUUUCAUGCAGUUCCUCGUAUACUUUCUGAUCCAUUAUUAAAUGAUAUUUUAUAUAAAAAUAUUGAUGAUAAUGAUGAAGUUUGUUGGAGCUAUAUUCAUGAUAAGCGUAUCAAUGUUAAUGUACGACAAGUCUAUUCUUAA